UAGGAAGGCCUAUACGUCAGUACGGAUAGCAGGGUUUUGAGAAGGUCCCAUCAUGAGAUUAUUUGGCAAGAAGAAAGAUACGCAAUCAAAGGGCGGUGUCUCUCCAGAGGAUGCGAUCAAGAGACUGAACGAGACAGCUGAGAUGUUGCGCAAACGACAAGCGUUCUUGCAACACCAAAUCGACGGCGAAACGGAGCAGAUUAAGAAGCUCUUGAAGGAGAAGAAGGAUCCAAACAAUCGGAAAAAGGCUCAAACUGUCUUGAAGAAGAGAAAGUUGAAAGAGAAAUCGGUGGAUACUCUUGAACGGCAAAUUAUGAACCUGGAAACUCAAGUUCUAACUCUACAAGAAGCGGUCGUUGGUGUAGACGGAUAUAAGGCACAGAGAGUGUUUACGGACGCCAUGAAGAAAAUCCACGAGGGCAUGAGCAUUGAUGAUGUUGAGGAGCAAAACAUGGAUGUUCAGGAGCAGCUGCAAAUUGCAAGCGAAAUAUCGGAAGCACUAGCAAAUCCGGUUGGGGGACAAGAGUUUGACGAGGAUGAGCUCAACGCGGAGCUAGAGGAGUUGGAGCAGGAAGAGAUGGACAAGGAGCUCACUGAAGUCUCUGUGGGGGAUCUCGAGCUGGACGAGACGGCGAUGCCUGCUGCGCCGAAAGGAAAACCCAUCCUCAUGCCUGCACCUGCACAAGCCGAAGACGAGGAGGACCGCCAGCUGCAAGAGCUCAUGGAGAGCAUGCAGUAGUCGAGGGCGAGAGCUUUAUGUCCUUUUUGAUGGAAUUGGUGUACAAUCUUACAAUC